AGAGUCGAAGUGUAGGAAUGGGGAGAGGAUGACGGGACACUGCCAACUGUGAGGAAAAAAGGUGGUGGUGGAGGUUAGGGUGCACAACAAAACAAAAGAGGUAGUUAGGGAGCAGGAGGAGGGUAAGAGCCAAGAAGAAAAGCAAAUAUGGUGAGGUUCUUUCAGAAAUUAACAUUAAAGAAGAGCCUGUAGAAGGCAUACAAAAGGAAGACUGGGUGCAAUGCCAUGUCUUCCCAUCACAGACCUCAUGGGCAAAAGCUCUGCAGGUCACAUCAGAACAAAGGGCCGGUGGGGUCUUCCACUACUCUGAACCCCCCGCGGGAAACAGAACGUCAUGGGCAGCAGUGGAAAGGAACGCUGGCUCUUACCAGAGAGGACUUCCAUUGGCAGCUGCUGGAAAAUACGUUUGGGCGUGAAGGAGGGGAAAGCAUCAAGAGGCACACACCUCAACUAUAUCCUCGUCAGCUCUCAGUUCGGGAAGAAAUCAAGGGAGUUGUGGAGAAGUUAGAGGUAGUCCUGCAGAGUCUAAAGGAAGUGCAUCAGGAAAUGAAAGAGAUGCUUCAUCAAAUUGACCUGCUGACCUCACAUCUUGACCUAUCCGAUGAUGAAACUUGCACUGAUGAGCACAGCAAGACAAUUUCAAGUGGAAGUAGCACAAAUAGGGAUUCCAUGUCAAGUAUUGGAGGUUUCCAAUUGGAAUCAGAACAUGCAAAUCUAUGUUCCUUUUCCAGGAAAACACGUGAAUGGCACAUGCACUGUCCUCCAUUUGCAUCGCUCCAACCUCCACCAGGGCUGUCUCAUAUGUGGGCCUGCAGCAACUCUGGUCGAUGCAGAGAAGUUGGGAUGUCGAUUGCCAAUCAUCCAAUAUUUACGCCACACAAUGUGGAGCCAGCCUGGCUGCUGGUGUCAACUCAGGGGCAGAGAGUUGGCAAGGGUUGCAACUCCAAUAGUGCCUGGCAGCUGUCCACUCAGAACAGAUUAUUUUGCCCUGCCAGACAUCAUCUAACUGUACUUCCAGAAGACACUUGUUAUGAAUGUGUGACAUCAUCAGGUCAGGCAUCAUUGGCUUUUAGGAAGGGACCCUGCCACACAAGAAAUCACCAGUUAAAGUCCACAACCGUGUAGCUGAAGAGUCAGCAACAUUACAGCCCAAAGGAAUGUGGAUAACAAAACUGGAAAGCACCAGAAUAGGUAACAUGGCUGUAUUGUUUAAGAAGAAGAAUAUGAAUCUACAAGAUCGCAGGUUCCCAUACAUCACAUUUUUAAAUGUUCCUGGAUGAAGAUGGGUUGGGAUGGUGCUCAUCAUUAAAGAUGCUAUAUAAAGAAAGAUUCAGAAAUGAAAUGAAUAUGUGAAUCUUAAAUAAAGCAAAUGAUUUAUCUAA